ACAAUUAUUCGGGACGUUCCGGUAAUUUACGUUUCGUCCGUAACGCGCACCUGCUACUUGUGCGUCAAAAUGGCCACCAAUGUUUCCAGGGAUGAAGAAAAGGAAAGAGCCAUUACAUCAUGGAGAAAUAAGACAGAAGCCUCAAAGAAAGGGGAGCUUCUCAGAGAGAUACACAAGCUCAAAGUACAGAUUCAAGCUAUGGAGAGAGAGAAGUGUACACAUUUAUACAGCAAGCGCAGUGACUUCAGACAUGAUUAUUGUCAGCUCGACGAAAUGGAAUCCAAAGCUAUUGGAGAACGUAAAUCAGAACAGAUAAAAUUGAAACAUCAGCUAGAGAAGAUAAGUCAUAUGGUGAAAAGAUUCCACAAGGAAUUGAGAGACGUCCAACCAACGCCUGAAUUUGUAGAGAGGUUGAAAGUGAUUAUGGAGGAGAUAGAAGGAACUAUCAAUGCAUUUAAAGAUCAACAAAGAAAGCAGUAUGAAUCUAUGUUACUAGAGGAAAGGACUUCUUGGCUGGAGAUUCAAGCUUUAGAAAAAAAGUUUGAUUCCUGGUCACAGAUAGGGAAUGAUAGUACACUGACCAAAAGAAACACAAGUGCUAGUAAACCACUUGCUAGUGCUAGAGAUAUUACAAAAGAUCUGCCACCAGAAGUUGCAGCAUUUGAGAAAUUUGUGGAGCAAAAUGGUGGUGUGCGAGGUGGCUGGGAUGAAUAUGAUCAUCAAACUUUCCUGAAAUUUAGACAGCGCUAUCAGGGUAAACCUGUUUUCUUGCAACAUUUACUGCCAGCAUUACCAACAAGGACAGAAGAGGAGAUAAAUUCACAUGAAGAAUGGUACCAAGAGUAUUUGUUCCUGAAUGAAACAAAGAAAGAAGCUAUUAAAAGAUGGCGCGAAAGAAAAGAGGAAGAGAAAGAAGAGUUACUUGCAAAGGCUGGGGAGGAACCAGAAGAAAAACCUGAUGUAAAACAAGAAAUGUUAAAGGCCCAGAUAGAGAAAGAAAGAAUGGAAAGAAAGUCUCAUCUUAACGCAUAUAAAGUACAGAAAGAACUGGAGAGGGCACAAAAGGAGGAGAGAAAGUUACGAGAACAACUAGAUGAACAAAAGAAAAAACAGGAAUGGAAAAGGAGACAGGAGGAGUUGAAGGCCAAGGUCAUGGUUCAUAAGAAACAAAGAGAAGAAGAGGAAUCUUACUUAGAAAUGCAGAAGAAAAUGUGGGAGGAGGAAGAAAAAGAGAGACAAAAACAAAUAUCCUCGAGAGAAAUUGCUAAAUUUAGACAAAGGGAUGAAACUGCAUUGUAUCAAAAACUUGCAAAAGAAAAAGAGAAAGAAGAAGCCUUGAAAGAAAAGGAGCGCAGACUUGCAAUGUUAAAAAGUCAGGUAGAAGUUGAGGUGGAGAGAGAUCCUAACAGAUUGUUAAAGCCGACAGCUGGUUGGAAAAAUCGUAAGAAGGAUAAAAGUUCAGCUGGAGGUCAGGUGCUACCCAAUAUGAUGCCUCACAGAGCGGUUCCAGCAUGGAGACAAGGUCCUUGAGAGCCUAGACUUGGCGCAUUCAAUCUACUUUAGGAUAUUGGAGCCAGUUGUCACACUGGAAAAAGAAAGACCAGAAGAUUAGCAUUAGCAAAAACUCGGCAAAGGUUUUACUGCACAAAGUAGAGGCUCAAAACAGAGCUCUGUUCAGGCAUGGAGACAAUGCCAUUGAAAGCUUCAAAAUUGAACAUCGUGUGAACAAUAGUAAAACAUAGUAUAAUAAUGUCUUGUGAUCUUUAUUCUCAAAAUACAAUGUACGUCAGAAUGUUAAAAAAUGUUGACAAGCUUAUCACAUUGAAUAAAGUAAAUAUGUUGAGAAACAGGGCUGAGUUUGAUCAGAACAGGAACAAGACAGUGGACACAGUGUUGGGUGUAGCAUU